AUGGUCGGCGGUGCUGCAGCGACUGCAAGUGGCGUCAAUGCCUACACCCACCUCAUGGACCCCAACCGCAAGUGGUACAACAACAGGCGGCUCAUUGUCCUCAACGCCUGGAUUGUCCUUCUGCUCAUCACGUCCUCGACCAACGGCUACGACGGCUCCAUGAUGAACGGGUUGCAGUCCUUGACACAAUGGGAGAGCUACUUCAACCACCCGACCAAGGGAAAACUCGGGCUGCUCAACGCUAUUCAAAAUAUUGGUGGUCUCGCUGGAUACCCCUUCGCCCCCUACAUGUCUGACGGUAUUGGUCGUCGCAAGACCGUCUUUUUCGGCGCAGUCAUCAUGUGCAUCGCGACCGCCAUUCAAACGGCCUCGCAAUCUGUUGGCAUGUUCAUUGGCGCUCGUUUCCUUAUCGGUUUUGGCCUUACCUUCGCUGCUAAUGCCGCGCCGAUGUUGGUUACCGAGCUCUCUUACCCCAAAUAUCGUGCCCCACUCACUUCGACCUACAACUCCCUCUGGUACUCUGGCGCCAUUGUUGCCGCCUGGGCCACCUUCGGUACUUUCAAGAUCAACAGCACGUGGGCGUGGCGAGUACCCUCUGUCCUCCAGGCCCUUCCUUCCGUGCUCCAAGUCCUCCUCGUUCUGUUCGCGCCUGAGUCUCCCCGUUGGCUCGUCAGCAAAGGUCGCGAAACAGAGGCACUGAAGACCUUGGCGUACUACCAUGCUGAUAGCAACGAGGAUGACCCGCUUGUCAAGUACGAGUUCGAAGAGAUCAAGGCUGCGCUCGAGUUCGACCGCAAUGUUGCUGCCAACAUCGGCUGGAAGUCCUUCUUCACAAGCGCGGGCAACCGCAAGCGUGUCCGCAUCAUUGUCGCGAUCGCCUUCUUCUCGCAGUGGUCUGCCAACGGUCUCGUGUCGUACUACCUCAACAAGGUGCUCGACUCCAUUGGCAUCACGGACCCCACCAUCCAGCUGCUCAUCAACGGCAUCCUGCAAAUCUGGAACUUGGCCUGGGCCCUCGCUGCCUCCUCAAUGGUCGAGCGCUUCGGCCGUCGUCUGCUGUUCUUGUCGUCGGUUGUGGGCAUGACUGUCUUCUUCACGCUGCAAACCAUUUGCACGGCCCGAUUCAGAAUCGACGGUGACGACAACGCGGCCCAUGCGGUCAUUGCGUUCAUCUUCCUUUACUAUGCCGCAUACGACAUUGCCUUCACGCCCCUCAUCGUCACCUACACGCUGGAGAUUCUGCCCUACAACAUCCGUGCCAAGGGCUUCACGAUCUUCAACUUCACCAUCUCGUGUGCCCUCAUCUUCAACCAAUAUGUCAACCCCAUCGCCAUGGACAACAUUGACUGGAAAUACUACAUCGUCUACUGCGUCUGGCUCGUGUUUGAGGGUGUCUUCCUCUACUUCUUUAUCCUCGAGACCAAGAACCGCACCCUUGAGGAAACUGCCGCGCUCUUCGACGGUGACAGCGCUGCCGAGCACAUCGUCGCUGACGCUGCCGACCACGCCGGCGUCAAGCACGACAUUGGCAUCGUCCACGACGACGAUGAUGAGAAGGUUACUGACGAGAAGGCCUCGACAUAA